AUGUCACUUGUUGAAAAGCAAACAUUUGGCAUUAUCGGUUCGGGAAUCAAUGUUACUAUCCUAAAUUGGAAUGGUGGUGAACAAGUAGAAAUAAAUGAUGAAGGAGAAGGAGAAUUGAAUGAAGGAAAAAAUCAAAAAUCUAAUUCGGAUCCUGAUUACGUUGGAAUAAUUAGAGUUCAUAGAAAUACAACUCUAGAUACAGAUAAUAAGAAAAUUUGGUUUGAAAUAUUGAGCAACUCUUCUUAUUUAAUGGGAUUGGUAACUGAUAGUAGAGAUUGGACUAAAAAAAUUAUUGCUGAUUAA